GAGGCCAGCUGGAGCAGAUAAAGGGCCAAAGCAGGUGCCCACAGAGGCCAACAGGAAGCCCUGCCCUGGAGACGCUGCUGCUUCCUCCUCCCUUAAGGGCCCUCUGCCCCCCAGGUCCAUGUCUCAGCCAUGCUCCCUGCCGAUGCACCCCUGUCCCACCUGGGCCCCCCAGCGCUGCUGCUACUGCAGCUGCUGCUGCCCCCCACGACUGCCUUCUUCCCCAACAUCUGGAGCCUCCUGGCUGCCCCCGGCUCCAUCACCCACCAGGACCUGACCGAGGAGGCGGCCCUCAACGUCACCCUGCAGCUCUUCCUGGAGCAGCCGCCCCCAGGUCGGCCCCCCCUUCGUCUCGAGGACUUCCUGGGCCGCACCCUCCUUGCCGACGACCUCUUUGCUGCCUACUUUGGCCCUGGGUUUCCCUCCCGGCGCUUCCGGGCAGCCUUAGGCGAGGUGUCUCGUGCCAAUGCCGCCCAGGACUUCCUGCCGACUUCCAGGAACGACCCCGACCUGCACUUUGACGCUGAGCGCCUGGGCCAGGGGCGCACACGCUUGGUGGGGGCUCUGCGGGAGACCGUGGUGGCAGGAGCCCUGGACCACACCCUGGCCCGCCAGCGCCUCGGGGCCGCUCUUCAUGCCUUGCAGGAUUUCUACAGUCACAGCAACUGGGUGGAACUGGGGAUGCAGCAGCCACACCCUCACCUCCUCUGGCCGAGGCAGGAGCUCCGGAGCCUGGCACAAGUGGACGAUCCCACCUGCUCCGACUGUGAGGAGCUGAGCUGCCCUGGGAACUUGCUGGGCGUCACACUCCUCACCUCUGGCUACUUCGGAACGCAUCCCUCCAAACCACCAGGCUUCUCCCCCCACCACAUGCUGCACCUCCAGGCUGCAAAACUGGCCCUUCUGGCCUCCAUCCAGGCCUUCAGCCUCCUACGAAACCGCCUGGGAGACAGGGGUUUCUCCAGGCUGCUGGACAUCACCCCAGCCUCCAGCCUGAGCUUCGUCCUGGAUACCACAGGCAGUAUGGGUGAGGAGAUCAACGCUGCCAAAAUCCAGGCUCGCCACAUAGUGGAGCAGCGGCGGGGCAGCCCCAUGGAGCCCUCCCACUAUGUCCUGGUGCCUUUCCACGACCCAGGCUUUGGCCCUGUGUUUAUCACCAGUGACCCUGACAGCUUCUGGCAACAACUCAAUGAGAUACACGCCUUGGGAGGUGGAGACGAGCCCGAGAUGUGCUUGUCAGCCCUGGAGCUGGCCCUGCUCCACACACCUCCGCUCUCAGACAUCUUCGUCUUCACUGACGCCUCCCCCAAGGAUGCCUAUCUCACCAAUCGGGUGGAAUCCCUGACUCGGGAGCGGCGUUGCAGAGUCACAUUCCUGGUGACUGAAGAUCCAUCUCGGGUUCGGGGCCGAGCUCGGCGUGAGGUCUUGUCCCCUCUGCGUUUUGAGCCAUAUGAAGCGGUGGCCCUGGCCUCGGGUGGAGAAGUGAUCUUCACCAAAGACCAGUACAUUCAGGAUGUGGCAGCCAUUGUUGGGGACAGCAUAGCUGACCUGGUGACCCUUCCCCUGGAGCCUCCUAUUGUGGUGCCUGAGAGGCCACUGGUGUUCAAUGUGGAUGGGCUGCUCCAGAGGGUCACAGUCCGGAUCCACGGCGAGGUCAGCAGCUUCUGGAUCAGAAACCCUGCAGGAGUCUCCCAGGGUCAGGACGAAGGUGAGGGGCCUCUAGGUCACACUCGCCACUUUGGGCAGUUCUGGAUAGUGACCAUGAAUGACCCUCUGCAGACAGGAACCUGGGAGAUCCAGGUCACAGCCAACGGCACCCCUCGUGUAAGAGUGCAAGCCCAGACCUCCCUGGACUUCCUCUUCCACUUCGGGAUCCCCGUGGAGGAUGGACCCCACCCUGGCCUCUACCCCCUGACUCAACCGGUUACAGGUCUCCAGACCCAGCUGCUGGUAGAAGUGACAGGGCUUGGUUCGAGAGGAAACCCUGGAGAUCCUCUCCCGCGUUUCUCCCACGUCGUCCUUCGAGGGGUCCUGCAGGGUGAGGAGCUGGGUCGGGUGCCUUUGGAGCCGAUGGGACCCCAGGAACGAGGUCUCCUCACUGCUUCGCUACCACCCACGCUCCUGGCCACCUCGGGACCCUUCUCUCUGGAGCUGAUUGGCCAGGAUGGAGCAGGGCAGGGCCUGCACCGGGCAGCCCCCCAGCCCUGUGCUGUAGUUCCUGUCUUUCUGGAGCUCAGUGGUCCCCCGGGUUUCCUGGCGCCGGGCACCAAGGCCCCACUCACGCUUCGCAUCGCCAGCUUCUCGGGCCCUCAGGAUCUCGAUCUUAGGACAUCCGUCAACCCCAGCUUCGCUCUCAGCUCCAACAUCUCCAGGGUUCACCUGGAACCGAAUGAGUCGGCCUGGGGGCAUCUGUGGCUGGAGGUCCCAGACUCUGCCACCCCGGACUCCAUGGUGAUGGUGACUGUGACGGCGACGACAGAUGGAGAAGCCAGCACAGCACCCCCGACCCAUGCCUUCCUCCGGCUCCUGGUGCUGGCCCCCGCUCCACAGGACCAGCUCCCUGCCCCGGUCCACUCGACUGGCCUUGUCCUCACCACUGCCGGCCCUGUCUUUCAUCCUUCAGUUUUGGAGACUCUGAGCAGGGCUGGAGGAGGGUUGGUAGGCACUCCCUGGUGGGGCACAGUUGCAGGGGUGCUACUUCUGCUAGGCCUGGCCUUCUGGUGACACAGCAGCCCCCAGAGGGCUGGGACUCCAGCAUGAUUUGCCAUCUUGCCCCACUGGUGAGAGGAUAACAUGGGCCUUAGGACCCUGCUCUCCCAGGUGGGAUGGAGGUUUCCCUUUUCAUGCACCUGUCCCUUCUCUUUCUCACUAAAAUUGGGACAUAAGACAAUGGAUUUUCCCACAAUGCACUUUCCCUAACCCUUGUGGGAACGAAACCAAACUCAUUUUUGGAGAAAGCUGCUUCCUGUUUCUCUGUAGCAUCCUUAUUCCACUACUAUUCAUGCUCCCCCAAGCUCAGGUAGAGGGGAAGAGAUGUGGGGCAGAGACUAAGACUGGGAGUGGGGGGGAGGGUACCCCACCUCCUACCAGAAAGUAUUAUUUAUAGAAUUGUUUUAACUGAAAUUCUGGAGACGCUUCUAUUUUAUUUUUGUAUUUAAAGUCAAAGGAUAAUGUCAAUAAACAUGUCUUCUACUC